GCGCCUUCAAUUUUCUCGGCUCAAAUCUUAAAAUGCGUCGUUCCCAGCCCAAAAGCCGACUCCUCGAUCUUCCAGUCCCGAAGGCUCCCUCGGCCGCCGUCCUCAAGCUAGGUUAAAGCGCUGCUCGCCCGCCGGCCUCCUCCUCCCCCGCUUAUUUUCCUCGGAGCGUGGAGGAGGAAGCUCAACCUUGCACGCAGGCUCUCCAUUCACCGCCCUCUACGUUGGCCGUCGCUACAGAUGAACACGGAUCCAGGCGAGAAAAAGCCGUUCGGCGAUCUGGACGACGAUGACGAUGACGUCUUCGCUUCCAAGAAGGAAAAUACAAAGGUGGAGGAAAGUGCACCAGGAGCUGCGACAGGAAUGAUUCUGUCUCUUCGUGAAAGUUUGCAGGAAUGUAAACAUAGCCUUGCAUCCUGCCAGGUUGAACUGGAAGCUGCUAAAUCGGAAAUCCAGAAGUGGCAUUCGGCAUUUCAGAACAUUCCAGCUGUACCUGCUGGAACAAAUCCAGAUCCUGUUUCAGUGGUUUCUUACCUCAGUAACCUGAAGUCAUCAGAGGAGUCAUUGAAGGAGCAGCUGGAGAAAGCAAAGAAAAGAGAGGCUGCUUAUAUUGUAACAUUUGCAAAACGGGAGCAAGAGAUUACAGAACUGAAGUCUGCAGUUAGAGAUUUAAAAACUCAAUUAAGGCCACCGUCAAUGCAGACAAGGAGACUAUUGCUUGAUCCAGCAAUUCAUGAGGAAUUUACUCGCUUAAAGAAUCUUGUGGAUGAGAAAGAGAAAAAGAUAAAGGAGCUACAAGACAAUGUUGCUGCUGUCAAUUUUACUCCAUCCAGCAAACUUGGGAAAAUGCUAAUGGCCAAAUGUAGAACAUUGCAAGAGGAAAAUGAAGAGAUUGGGGCGAUGGCUUCGGAAGGAAAAAUCCAUGAACUUGGAAUGAAAAUUGCAGUUCUGAAGUCCCAGAACAAUGAGCUCAGGAAUCAAUUCGAUGUUUUGUAUAAACACAUGGAUGGUGUAACAAAUGACGUUGAGAGAUCAAACGAAAUGGUGUCCAUUCUGCAAGAGGAGUUAGAAGCCAAGGAUUUAGAGCUGAGAAGAUUAAAGGAGAUGCUUUCCCAGAAAGAAGCUACUGAAGACACAGCAGUCGAAGAAAGUGACGAAGCUGGAAAUGAUUUGAAUACAGCUUCAGAUCCACAGCAAGUAAAAGUGGAAAGUUGAGGCAACCACAGUUGCCCGUAGUGGUACUUGGGUUGUUUUCAGAAACCUAUCUGUAUGCUUGAUAUAACUGAAUUUCUUUGAAUGCUGAUGUAUCGAAAGUACUAAAUUACGCUGUGUAUGUAAUAAAUCUCAUUUAUGCCU